UUAUAAACUCAUAAUCAUCCUCUUAAUUAGUCGAGGUGGGACUCCUCUCCUAUCCUCAACCGUCGGGUAUAAAAUGACAAUGAUCAUACUCAAGAUAUUUCAAGCCCCUCAAGUUUGUACUAAAGAGAAGGCCGGGAACUUGCAGUAUAUAUAUACAUUAGUGGCUAGAGAGAGCUAGUUGUGUGUAUAUAUAUAUAUCUGUAUCAGUUUUUGUGUCAACGAAGAAGUGGGGAGAGAAAAAUGGGAUGCGAAGAAGAGAUUUUGAUAAUAAGAAGCUAUGAUGGACAAUAUGCAGAUAGAGUUAGAGUGGAAGAUCUAGAGAGAAGAUGUGAGGUAGGCCCAUCUGAAAGAGUUUUUCUCUUCACAGACACUAUGGGAGACCCCAUUUGUAGGAUCAGAAACAGUCCCUUGUACAAGAUGCUGGUGGCCGAAGUUGAUAACCAGUUGGUCGGUGUGAUUCAAGGCUCGAUUAAGGUAGUCACGGUUCAUCAAGCACAGAAAGACUGGGCCAAGGUUGGCUAUGUUUUAGGUCUUCGAGUUGUACCGUCGUUUCGCCGUAGAGGGAUUGGUUGCAGCCUUGUCCUGCGUCUCGAGGAAUGGUUCGUGGCCAAUGAUGUAGACUAUACUUAUAUGGCAACGGAGAAAGACAAUGAAGCCUCUGUGAAACUAUUCAUCUACAAGCUUGGAUACACUAACUUUAGAGUUCCGGCCAUUUUGGUGAACCCAGUGAAACAUUACCGAUCAUAUCACCUCCCUUCCAAUAUCCAAAUCUCUCGUCUUAAAGUCGGGGUUGCCGAGUAUCUCUACCGAAAAUUCAUGGCCUCUACCGAGUUUUUCCCCCACGACAUUGAUCAAGUUCUCAGACACAAGCUAAGCCUCGGCACAUGGGUUGCUUACUAUAGAGACGACACCGACGAUGCCGAGGACGCCAAUUUUGAAACAAGUGGCAGCAAAUCAGAAAUGACAAUACCAAAGAGCUGGGCAAUGCUGAGCGUAUGGAAUAGUGGAGAGGUAUUCAAGUUGCGGCUUGGGAAGGCACCAUUGUCAUGCUUGAUAUACACAGAGAGCUCAAAGGUGAUAGACAAGAUCUUCCCAUGCCUAAAGUUACCAUCGAUACCAAAUUUCUACGAACCAUUCGGAUUCUACUUUAUGUACGGGGUUCACCGAGAGGGGGCAAGGACGGGGAAGCUGGUGAGGACGUUGUGCCAUUACGUGCACAACGUGGCGGCCACAACAAGGGACUGUAAAGCAAUAGUAACAGAGAUUGGAGGAGAAGACUCACUAAGAGAGGAGAUUCCACAUUGGAAAUUGCUAUCAUGCCCUGAAGAUUUAUGGUGCAUAAAGGCAUUGAAGAAAGAAGCAAGAAAUAGCCUUCACGAGUUGACAAAAACCCCACCAACUACAAGACCAGCCCUUUUUGUAGACCCAAGAGAAGUAUGAAGACCAAAAUCAUAUCAGUAUUAAUAAAUCACAAACUAAACAACCAUCCAACAUAUAAAUGAUACUCGAAUCUUGUACGUACGUACCACCAUACUACAAUUUUCUAACUCCAUGUCGUGUAUGACCUGUUUAGAAUAACUUUUCAAGUGCUUAAAUACACGUUUCCAACACUUAAAUGAUCCUUUUUUAAGCACUCAAAAAGUUAUUUAAACAUGUCCUACAGAUAGGUCUAUAUCCAGAAAAUCCAUGUCCAAUUGGAGUGGUGGGAGCUUUUAUGAUGUAACUUUCACAACAGUGACAAAAAAUCUUAAAAGAUUUCCCCAAUUUGGAGCCACCUUCGCAGUGUCCUUUGAAACUCUAGAAUAUAAUACCAAUCUCCUUCUGCGUUUUUGGGAGAACUUAAUCAUCAGCCUGAAGGUGGUCCGUUCUUUAUUAUUCCACCUGGCUGUUACCCUCUUUCCUUAUUUCCCGCAGUAAAAAAAAAAACAUCAUACUCAGAAUCCUAUUCAGACUGGGACCAAGAGGACAUUUUGAAGCAUAGUUUCAUCUUGUUUUUUUGUGCUGCUUCAAUUCAUAUAAACAAAAGUAUCUAAAGUCACUACGAAACUAAGUCGUUCAACCCCUUAACCAAAAACUAAUCAUCUUGAAGUGGCCUUAACUCAAACUGGAAGUACGAUGUGUCAAAAAAUUUGGAUCUUGGUUCAAUUCAAUGGGAAGUUCAUAAAUAACAUGAAGGAAUUCUAAAAGCUAAAAGGAAAAUCUUCUAUGGAUCAUAUAAAUGUCAUCCAUCUUGUUUGUUUACACAUGGAAAGAAAAAA